AUGGCCCAGAAGAGCCCUGAAGCUGAGCGACAGCCGCUGGAUGAGCUGUUGGAGGUAUUCGCGGAGGUGGAGGACUUGGCUCACAGAGGAAGGGUCCUGGUCAACAAGGCCGAGGAAGCCCGAAACUUGACUCCUGCCUCCUUGGAUGACAUCUGCAAAUUCGCAUCUCGCAUGCGGCUAUCGGCGCCAGUCGGCUUCCCGCAAACUCUGGCGGGAUUUCCAGCUGCGCCACUUCCGGCAGGUUUCGUGCUGCCUUGGCCUACUCUCCAGGAGGAAAUGCCCCGAGCACGGGCUUUAGCCUCCGGAGCCCUUCGGGCUCCGCCGCCCUCUGUGAAGUUGGCACGCGCCGAUCCCUCAGACCCAGGCUCGCGCGCUGCCUGGGCGGUCACCCUGAGGAUCGUGGAUGCCUGUGUCCAAGCCUUUAUCAGAUCCAAAGCCACAAGCGAAUGA